AAUGCAGAAGAGUUUUGGGAAUUGCUUAUGUUUCUUGCGAAUGUAGAAUACUUGCUUAGUUGAUUGUGUUUAAUUGUGACGUUUCUCAAAAUGAAAUUUUUUGCUUUCUACUUUUUUUAUACCGCCGGUGUGCUUGCCCUCUAUCAAUAUAACGCUCCGAAAUUCCAAAACCGGUUGGGCGAUUGUGAGCCAUUCACUGUCGAAUUCAUAGCGGGACUAGUUUCGAAGGAGGCACGUCAAAUACUCGAUCCAGGAUCACGUUCACGUCAAAAGCAAUUGCGAUACGAUCUGUUUACACGUCUGAAUCCACACAAACGACAAGUACUGUUAACUGGCGACCGCAACCGGCUGCUGACCUCGAACUUUAAUGCCAGCUGGCCAGUCAGAUUCUCCAUUCACGGCUGGAAUGGCCAAACGACUACCUGCUCGAAUGCCGCCAUCAAAGAUGCCUACCUCGCCGUGCACGAUUACAAUGUCAUUUUGGUCGACUGGACAGAUUACUCAUUGGACAUAAAUUAUAUACGCGUGGUAGCGGAAAUUUUCGAAAUCGCACGCAAAUUCAACGAGUUCACCCGUUUCCUGCACAACCACACCGCCAUCCCGUUCAGUGAAAUGUACUUAAUAGCGCACAGCGCCGGCUGUCACAUAGCUGGUGUGGCUGGAAAAUUACUGCAACCAGACAAAUAUGGCGUCAUCUAUGCGCUCGAUACUUCCGGACCCAUUCACCGAAGGUUUGACGCGAAAUGGCGACUCGCAUCAACGGAUGCCAUUUAUGUGGAGUCCGUACAAAGUGAUGUCGCAUUAUUUGGCUUUCCCGCCGACAAUCUCGCACACGCUUCUUUCUAUCCCAACUGGGGUCUGGGACAACCGCAUUGUCCGAACGCAACGACAAUGGAGCCAGACUUUACAUGCGAUCAUUUCGGUGCUUUGUAUUACUUUGUGGAGUCCUUGCAAAAUCCGUGGGCUUUUGGUGCAAUAAAGUGCAAGAAUUAUAAGAGCAUAGAAAACUACACAUGCGGCUGCGGUGCGCCGCAUUGUAGGACGAGUGAUUUUAUGGGUGGUGAUCCAGCGGUGCCGAAGAAAGGCGUCUUUUACUUUAGCACGCGUAAGACAAUGCCCUACGGAUACGGCGAGAUAUGUCGAAUGAAAAGACCGAUCAAACCGACUAUAGCGAGGAUAUAACUGCGGAUAGGAAUGUUCGAAACUUCAUACCUCGAACUAAGCCUUGCAGCAAUGAAGGAAGAAGUUUGUAGAUCUGGAGUUUUAUUGAUUUGAUUGGGGGUUUUGAGUUAAAUUUUUUUCUUCGGGAUCUCUCAGCCAAAAAAUUAAAUUAAGUAUGCAGUGGAUGUAGACGUUAAGUUACAAAAUCAAACAAGAAAUUACGUAAAAAUAUUCAACAACUAUAAUAAAAGCUGGAUGAAUCAACACUUAAACCAAUAAUAAAAGCAUUUUAAGCCGCAUGAAAUGUAAAGCACUUCAGCUUACUUGGUUACUGGUAGAGCAAAGUAAAGUUGGUUACGACAGGCUGAUUUCAUAAGCCGGCAAAGUUAUUUUUUUUUUUUUUUUAUAAACAAAACAACGAAAUUUAGGGACCCUUUUUAGGUGCUUGGCCGCGCUCCCCCUCCUAU